AUGGCAACUGCUGCGAUGCAUCAUGGCAUUACACAUGUGGAUAACAAGCGCAAACCCAAGUCCCAAACUCCCAGUGUUCAGGGAAUCGUAGAAUUUGAUAGGAUCUGGCGCUAUGUAAUACCCAAUGAUUAUGAUAAAUAUGAUCCUCCUCGUGUUGAAGGAAAACCUGUUACUGUUUACUUAAAUAUCGAGAUAUUUGACAUCGAUGAUAUAACAGAAACAACAAUGGAUUUCCGAAUGCACAUGUUUCUAACAGAACGAUGGAAGGAUCCCAGAUUGAGACUUGAAAUGUUGAACAUAACAAAUUGUAAAGUACUUCUUUCAAAAGCUGCAAAAUCUAUCUGGACACCAGAUUUGGAUUUCCGAAUGCACAUGUAUCAAACAGAACAAUGGAAGGAUCCCAGACUGAGACUUGAAAUGUUGAACAUAACAAAUUGUAAAGUACUUCCUCCGAAAGCUGCAAAAUCUAUCUGGAUACCAGAUUUGGUUUUUGACAAUAGCAAAUGGGGGCAACUUUUCCAGUUUUCAAUUCCGAAUACAGCAAUCACAAUAUAUCAAGACAAUACUAUUGAAAAGAUAUCUAGUAAAUUCAUUAAACUGUUUACAAGAAAGUUUUCCAGGAUGUGUAUUAACUAUUGUUUUCUCACAGUAACCAGUUCAAAUGAAGAGGCAUUGUUAGAGUGGGCAGGUUCUAGAGAUAGUCCUUAUAAAAAUUAUGGACCGAGUGUUAUUUUUACAGAAGAUAUUCAACCCCUUAAUUUUAGUUACUUGGCUGUACAUUUUACUUUCAUUCGCCGCCUAACUGGCAAUAUAAUUAAUGUUUACGUACCGAGUAGUUUGGUAGUGGUUCUUUCGUGGUUAUCAUUCUGGUUGGACGUGAAUUCGGUUCCCGCUCGAAUCACACUGGGAGUGACGUCCAUCCUGACACUAAUUACUCAAGUGGUACAAUCCAGAUCGUACAGUCCACCCGUUAACUACGUCAAAGCUUUGGAUAUUUGGUUAUUUGCCUGUACCUCAUUCGUAACUGCUUCUUUAAUAGAAUAUGCAUUAGCCCAUCAACUGACAGAUCCUAGUUCACAAAAACGUGAGUCAUCUCCCAGUAAAUCCAAAGAAAAACAAACUGACAAGCGUAGUAAUUCUAAGGAGAAACUAAUUAAUACUUAUCGACUUCUCCCAUAUAAACCGCAUCAAUAA